UUCCACAAAUAAUAUUAUUUUCAUGCCACCCCAGCACACCAGACGUGUAAUGCCACCUUACCAUUUGCGCAAGAAAAUUAUAAGCUCCAAAUUCCGCCCUCAAGCCAAGCGCUAUUCGCGAGAGCGAGAGAGUACAAUCUCCGAAAGCUGAGACAGAGAGCUCUGCUGGGUGCACCUUCUCGUCGUGGUGUCGAUCGGUUCUCGCUGCCCGGAGAGAACACCCGGAGUUCAGUUAUCGCUUCGCUCGCGCACCGUGCUGAUGUGUUCCCACGUUAGCUCCCGUGUCGUCGUCGUGCUGCUGCUCGUGGAUAAUCAUCAUUGUUGCCCUUUUUCCUUUCUUCUUCGGUAGUACCGUACAGUAGUGUAGAGGGCCUUCGGGUUCCGUUGUGUUGAAUGGUGUGUUGUACACCACCAGACUCUCCUCUCAUUCAUUGUGCGCGUGUGUUUGAGUGUUCGUUGUUCCAUUGAGAAGCAGUAGCAGCAGCAGUGAAAGAAUCAGCGCGAUUUACGCACACCCACAAAGCCAAAACAAUCCCUUGUGCGCGCUGCUGUGCCGUGUGGGGGUAGGCAAAACGAUUGUAUUUGCGUGCGUAUAAUCUGCUACAAGUUAUUCCACAAAGACACACCGUGACUACUCUGUUUGUGGAUAGAUUUAGCUGAAGCGGGUGAGUCGACCAGCUCUGCUGCCAAGAUUAUGUACUAGUGUGUGUGUGACGGUGUUUAUACUCGUCGUGUCCCCAGAGAAGAGUGUGAUCGGAGAAGAACAUCAUCAUCAUCAUCGCCAUAAUCAUCACACAAGUAACGAACGGGGAGUUAGCAGAGAGAUAUCAAGAUGGCUACUAGUGAUGAUGAACAUUACCAUCUCUACGAAGUGUUUCAAAAUUGUUUCAACAAAAUCGCAAACAAGCAGCCUGAAAAAGCAGGCUAUCAGUCUCCAUAUGGCGGCAUGGACAAUGGCGUGUACACGCCGGAGGAAUAUACUCACGAGAGCCCGGUUUCGGGUGGGCAGCGAUACACGUCACCCAAGGCGGGCGGCGGUCUGUACCAACCGGAUGCGUACUAUGACGCGCCCGGUGGUUCCUGGUAUCCCUCAUCGUCCGGCGGUGCGUACGCGCCCCACUCGGCAGGUUCCGCAUAUCACAACGUGGGUCACGGCGGCGCGCACCUCGGUGGACCCCAGCACAGCCAUGAACAGUACGCAAUGUCGCCGGUCGGCGUUCCGCACAUGGAUGGACAUCUAAACCAAAAUCAAACACAAGCACUUCCACCGAUGAGCUCGUUCCGGGGUAACACCGCCCAGAUACCGCCCAUCGGACCCCAGGGACAGAACUCACCCGCAAUCUACAACGCAAUCGCCGGACAUCACAAUCAGCAUGCACAGCAUAGUCCAAUUGUACAAAAUGACACCCUCGUCGGCAAUGCACUGAAAACGAUGUACCCCACUGAUCAGAGUAUUAGCAGUUACGGGUCAAACCCGACGACACCAGUGAACUCACCUCCUCCACUAACAUCACAGCAGCAAGCGGCAGCAGCCGCCGCCGCAGCCGCAGCCCUCGCCCAACAGCAGCAGUCCGCGGCCGCGAGUAUACACGGUGGCCCCGGUGGGGGUGCGACGGCCGGUUCGUCCAGCGGCGGUGCAGGUUCCUCAGCCACGACGUCCUCCGCGGCAGCUGCGGCGGCGGCAGCGGCAGCAGCAGCGGCUGCAGCGGCUGCAGCCGGUGGACCCUGGCAACAAAUCAACCCUGUGAUCAACAACGGCGCCGGACCGGCUGGAGCGGCAGGAUCCGCGGCUGCCGCGGUGGUAGCGGCCGCAGCGCUCAAUGGUCUACCCAACGGUUCCUACGCCCCCGAACUAGUACACCGAGGCCUGCAGCACAUGGCUAACUCGCCAGAGAUCCAACCGCUGGACGAUGCGAUCGUGUCGCUGCUCCGGGAACACUCGGAGAAUGGAACGGGCACCCGCAUGGAGGAACGCUUGGACGACGCCAUCAACAUCCUGCGGAAUCACUGCGAACCGCAGGUCGGCGUGUCGCUCUCUUCGAUCGAUGCCGGUUCCCCGUACGGUCCGGCCGGGGCGUCGAUCAUUCCACCGGGCACCUCGGGUUCCUCUUCAUCACAGCUGCAUGGCGUUGGCGGCGGCGGCCAAGACUCGACCAGUGAUCUACCAGUGAGUGCGGCGGCGGCGGCAGCAGCCGUAGCGGCCGGCCUAGUACCAGUGAAAACCGAAAGAUUACCCAGCACGCCGGUUGCGGCCAACAGCAAGAAACGCAAAGAACCGCCAGAUUCAGAUACCAAACCGAGCAGUUCCGUACCCGGUUCCACCAAGGGCGCCAAGCGGCAGCGUAAAUAUAAAAAUUCACGUAGUUGUUCUAGUGCUGACGAUGACGAUGAUGACGACGAUAUCGAUCCGCUGACGAAGGAUCGAAAGGAGAAGGAACGGAGACAGGCCAACAAUGCCCGCGAAAGAAUACGUAUCCGGGAUAUCAACGAAGCACUGAAGGAACUUGGCCGGAUGUGCAUGUCGCACCUCAAGUCAGACAAACCACAAACCAAACUCGGCAUCCUGAACAUGGCUGUGGAGGUGAUCAUGACGCUCGAACAGCAAGUGCGAGAACGCAACCUGAAUCCAAAAGCCGCCUGCCUAAAGCGGCGAGAGGAGGAAAAAGCCGAAGACGGCCCCAAACUGCCCCCUCACAUACUACACCAAACACCGUACCCCUCACUACCCGGCCCGCCGCCAAAUCUUCCGCACAAUCCCGGGCCGCCCCAAUAGCAUACUAACUUUAGUAACUUAAUUCGAAGAUAACACUGCAAGCAGCAUACAUGUACAUAUAGUAGAACAGCAGUGGCAGCAGCAACAGCUGCCGCUGCAACAGCUACUUCAGUAGUAGAAGAAGCAACAGUUGCCGCAGCCGAAGCAACAGCAGAAGCAGCAGCAGCAGCGGUAACAAAAUCAACCGUAGUAGGCGAAUCGUGUGAGUGCUGCGUGAUGGGUGCCGCCGAUUGGUGGAUGUGGUUGUGAGAUGUGUGUGAGUGUGCGAUGAGAAGGUUUGUGAACGAAAAAGUAAACUUGCGCUAUCCUUUUUCCAAGUAGCUGUCUGUGAAUGUCAAAACACAACAAUCUGUAGAAGAUUUUGAAGGAGAGGUUGAGGAGAGUAUGGCAAAGAAACUAGACAAACGAAUGAAACAAUGAAAACUGAGUCAAGGCUUGAACAAACAGUCCAAAACAGAUUCUCUCCCUGUUCUCUCUCAGCAACUGUAGCGUCUGUAGUCCGCGCUAGGUGUAUUGAGCGUUUAGAGCAAAGAUAUUUAUUUUGAACGAAGGCAUGGAAUUGUAACAUCACAUCGAUCAGACUGGUUUUACACUCGUAGGGAAACACAAAGUUUUUGGCAGGUGAGCAAAUUGGACAACUGGGGGUUGAUCGGUGUCGUUUUUAUGG